UAGCUCCGCUAGGGCAGCAUCAGCCUCCCUAACCGCCCUGCCUAUACAAGGAGACGAAAAAGGGCUGGGGCAGGGAAACACUGAGACACAGUCCCCGCGUCCGGAAGAGGCAGACACCACCUGGCCCUGGAGCCGCGGUCACGACUCCAGCACCCAAAGCACACCUGCGUAGAAGCCAGAAUCACCAGUAGUACUUGUGCGCAGGCGUGGACCGCCCCAUCCGGGCGGUUAGGAAACGUCACGUGACCGACCAGUCGCUCCGCCAUCACGUGUUGCCCGCGGCUGCCUCGGCGGCGCUCUCCCUGGCGUGCGCCCCCUUCCGCCUGACGCGCCCCCAGCGGCGGCCGCGCAGCCCUGGCUCCUCGCGGGCUCGGGCGGCGGCUGCGGCGGUGGGGCUAUGGCGAGCGGCGGCGGUGGUGGGGGUAGCACCGGCGCGGGUGGGGCCCCGGGGCUGGGCCUGAGCGUGGGCCUGGGUCUGAGCCUAGGCAUGGGCGAGGCCACCAGCGAGGCGGAGGAGGAGGCGGCCACGGCCGAGGCGGUGGGACGCCUGGCGAAGACGCUGUGGCUGCGGCUCCGCGGCUGGGAGGCGGUGCUGGCAGCCGCUCAGCGGCUGCUGGUGUGGGAGAAGCCGCUGCACAGCCUGAUCACCGCGGCGGCGCUCAACGGCCUCUUCUGGUUGCUGUCUUCGUCAUCCCUCCGGCCCAUCUUCCUGCUCAGCAUCUCACUUUUGGCCUAUUUUCUGCUGGAUCUCUGGCAGCCUCGCUUCCUCCCUGACAUCGCAGCAUCAUCCCCAGAGGAGCCACACUCUGACAGUGAGGGUGCGGGGUCAGGCGCCCGGCCGCACCUGCUGAGUGUGCCCGAGUUGUGCAGAUACCUGGCUGAGAGCUGGCUCACCUUCCAGAUUCACCUGCAGGAGCUGCUGCAGUACAAGAGGCAGAAUCCAGCUCAGUUCUGUGCUCGAGUCUGCUCCGGCUGUGCUGUGUUGGCUGUGCUGGGACACUAUGUCCCGGGGAUUAUGAUUUCCUACAUUGUCUUGCUGAGCAUCCUGCUGUGGCCCUUGGUGGUUUACCAUGAGCUGAUCCAGAGGAUGUACACUCGCCUCGAGCCCCUGCUCAUGCAGCUGGACUACAGCAUGAAGGCAGAAGCUGACACCCUGCAUCACAAACACGACAAGAGGAAGCGGCAAGGGAAGAACGCACCCUCCGGAAGUGAUGAGCCACUGGCAGAGACAGAGAGUGAAAGCGAGGCAGAACUGGCCGGCUUUUCCCCAGUGGUGGACGUGAAGAAAACAGCACUGGCUUUGGCCAUCACUGACUCGGAGCUGUCAGAUGAGGAGGCGUCUAUCUUGGAAAGUGGCGGCUUCUCGGUAUCCCGGGCCACGACCCCACAACUCACUGAUGUCUCCGAGGAUUUGGACCAGCAAAGCCUGCCAAGUGAGCCAGAGGAAGCUGGGAGCCGGGAGCUGGGGGAGGGAGAGGAGACAGAGCUGGCCCCUCCCGAGGACCUGCUGGGCCCCCCUCAGGCCCUCUCGAGGCAAGACCUGGACUUGGAGGAGGAGGAGGAAGAAAUGGCAGCCAAGGAAACCUUGCUUCGGCUCUCAUCCCCCCUUCACUUUGUGAACACGCACUUCAAUGGGGCAGGCUCUCCCACAGCUGAAGUGAAGCUCUCCCCUGGAGCACCGGUGGAGACACUGAGCCCAGAGGCAGUGAGUGGUGACCCCACCACUCCCUCAAGCACCCUGCCACCCCUCCUUUGCCUUGCUCAAAGUGACCCAGUCCCUUCCCUCUCAAUGCUCCCACCUCUUCCCCAGGACUCACCCCAGCCCCCACCUGUCCCUGAGGAAGAAGAGGCACUCACCACUGAGGACUUCGAGUUGCUGGAUCAGGGGGAGCUGGAGCAGCUGAAUGCAGAGCUGGGGUUGAGGCCAGAGAAAUCCCCAGAGCCCCCUGAUGCUCCACCCCCUCCACCCCCAGGGCCUGACACCCUUUCUCUGUUACAGUCAGGCCAAGAGGCUCAGCCCGUGGCAGAGCCAUGAGCCAUAGAAGGAUUUGCAGGCACAGUAGGGCUACCUGGCUAGGGGUGUCACUGUUCCCUCUCCCUACUAUUCCAGGAGGGACAAGACGUGGGGAAGCUGACUGUUACAUGGUAGCUAGUCCACCCUCUGCCUGCCUGCUGUCCCAGGCCCACUGCUGUGCCUGGGCUUGGUUUUAAGUUUGUAAAUAAUUUUACAUCUGGGUUAGUGGAUGUGAACAGGGCUAGGGAAGUUCUUCCCACAGCCUGCACUUCUUCCCUGCCUUCUCUAUUCUCAUUCCACUCUGCCCUGAACCCUGGUGGUCUGUCCCUUUUUCCUCCUCAGGGACCUGUGCUGCUCUGUCCUGUGUCCCACUUGGUCGUUUAGUUUGGGCACUUUAUCAUUUACCUCUCCUGUCCGGUGCACCUCUGCCUCAUUUCCUUGCCGUGUCCUGUCCUUGGCAGCUCAGUCCCUUCUCUGCCAGCCCCUCCACCCUGGCUAUACUCGAGGGAGGCUCCUGUCUGGAAGGCACAGACUAAACCUGGGGUGGCGGGUCAGGCCAGUAGUUGAGCACUUAGGUCACUGUAGCCCGUGGAACCUCUACUGCACCCUUGUCCUAACUCGUCCCAGCCUUUCAUGAUACAGGAACAGAGCAGGGAUUCCACGGCACAUGCACCAGCACUGCGAUAAGUGAGCAGGAGCUCUGUCUUGUGACGAGGGGCUCUCCUACUAUCCCAGGGAGGAAUACAGACCUGCCCCUCUGGGGCGUGGGUGGGGCCCCUGCUAGGGUCAGGAAGGGGACGGUAACAUCUGUGCAGGUGUUGACUGCAAAAAUAAAGUGUUGAUUGGCGAGAACUGC